AUGAAUUCAGCAGGAGUGCCAGGCUAUGUAUCAGCAACCAAUUACAGCAAUAAUACUGGAUACCCUCUUCCACCAGCACCACCGCCAGCAUAUCAUGAGGACGCAGGCAAUCUUCCAGGACAAACCUAUUACCAACCGCCCGCACCGCCUGUGUCAUAUCCACCACCAUCACUAGAGCAAGAGCCACCACAUCAUGUUAAUCCAGUCGCACAAUUCUAUUCUCCACCAGAUAAUCGAAAGCUUGCUUUAAGGAGACGUGUAUCCUCGUGUCUAUGCUGUAUAGUGAUCAUCAUCAUCAUCGUCGGAUUAGCCGCAGGGUUGUCUCAAAGUAGCAGCUAUAACCACAGGUAUUGCGAAUGUCGCACAAAUGCGGAUUGCGUUAGUUUGUAUGGGCCCCGUGUGUAUUGCUACCAAUCUUGCGAUUGCGGUACCAUCUAA